UUUGGAGAGGCCGACGACGGGAAGGGACCAGUCGAAGAGCCAAAACAAGAAAACAACGACGACGACGACAAAAUCUCUCCGAGUCCCGAGAAGAUGGGUCGUGUCUUCCGCUCCCUUUUCAUCUUCUUAUUGUCCUCUCUAAUCUUUGCUGCAGCAAUAGCUUCUCUUGUUUCUCCCGAUGAUGAAUCGGAAGAUCCCUUGAUCCGGCAAGUCGUGUCGGACGACGACGAUCUUCUCUUGAACGCCGAACAUCACUUUAACAACUUCAAGAGGAAGUUCGGAAAGAGCUAUGCUACUCCUGAAGAGCAUGCUUACCGUUUGGGUGUCUUCAAGGCUAACUUACGCCGGGCGAGGCGUCACCAGAAGCUCGACCCCUCUGCCGUUCAUGGAGUCACCCAAUUCUCCGAUUUGACGCCGGCUGAAUUUCGUCGGUCUUACCUCGGUUUGAAGCCUCUUAAGCUUCCUGUCGAUGCUCAUAACGCUCCUAUCCUCCCGACAAACGAUCUUCCAACCGAUUUUGACUGGAGGGAUCACGGCGCCAUCGCCGCUGUCAAGAACCAGGGUUCUUGUGGAUCCUGCUGGUCUUUCAGCACCUCUGGAGCCUUGGAAGGAGCUAAUUUCCUGGCUACUGGAAAGCUAGUUAGCCUUAGCGAGCAACAGCUCGUGGAUUGCGAUCACGAGUGUGAUCCAGAAGAACCAGAUUCAUGUGAUUCGGGGUGCAAUGGUGGGCUAAUGACCAGUGCCUUUGAAUACACUCUAAAGGCUGGUGGACUUAUGCGGGAGGAAGACUAUCCUUACACUGGAACAGAUCGUGGUACCUGCAAAUUUGAUAAGACCAAGAUUGCUGCAUCAGUGGCUAACUUCAGUGUCGUCUCUCUAGAUGAAGAUCAAAUUGCUGCAAACCUAGUGAAAAAUGGCCCUCUUGCAGUUGGUAUCAAUGCGGUUUUCAUGCAGACCUACAUUGGGGGAGUUUCAUGCCCAUACAUUUGCUCAAAGCGUUUGGAUCAUGGAGUGCUUCUGGUGGGGUAUGGCUCUGAAGGUUAUGCUCCCAUCCGGUUGAAGGAUAAGCCAUAUUGGAUCAUAAAGAACUCUUGGGGAGAAGGCUGGGGAGAGAAUGGAUACUACAAGAUCUGCAGGGGUCGCAAUGUCUGUGGAGUAGAUUCCAUGGUCUCAACUGUGGCAGCUGUUAACAUCUCCCCUCGGUAGACGUAGACUAUGAAAAAUAAGGUUUAUCAAAGUGGCUCUCCUGUACAUGAAGUGAUAUAUGUAUAUUGUGUCCAUCUUGUGCUUUUGUCCCAUAGGUCCUUAAAACCUCAAAAUCCUUGAAACAUUACCUAAAUAGGAAUAAUUUAUGCUUCAGUGUUGUUUAAGAUAUAAUGUAUGACCUACCAUAUGCUUCUAUACUUGGUUCUUUGCAUGUAUGAAGGGUUUUUCUUUGUUAUA